AUGCCAAUCAAUCAGACACCCAUGUCAGACGUUGCACCUAUACAAGACUAUCCUGUCGAGAUGCCAAUCAAUCAUACACCGUCAUCUCCGGAAGACAUAUCCUUCGAUGCUUCAUCACCCAUAACUGACGACAUAGUUGAGUCUGAAGGAACACACACGCCAGUUUGCUCUGACGAAAUUAAACCAUUUAUUGGCCAAAGAUUUCUCAAAUUGGAAGACGCUACUGAGUUUUACAACAAUUAUGCUCGAUUUGGUGGAUUUGAUUCACGUAGAAACGGUUCUAAAAAGUCAGGUGAUGUGUUCACUUGGCUUUAUAUGGUAUGCUCGAGAGAAGGCGAAAGGAAAAUUAAUGAGGAAGGUUUCACUCCAAAACGCAAACGGUCUACGAAGAAGUGCAGUUGUCCGGCAAGGAUUUCCUUCAAAUUUGCUGGUUCGUUGGGUUAUGUUGUUAAUGAUUUCGUAGAAGGACAUAACCAUGAGAUGGUUCAAGCUGAACAUAAGCACUUCAUGAGGUUGAAUCGUUCGUUGGAUUUAGUGCAUCAAAAAUUUAUAAUUGAUUGUGCCAAUGCAAAUAUUGGGCCUACACUUAGUUAUAGAUUAUUGAAGGAGCUGCUCGGUGGAUACGAAUCAGUUGGAUGUACUGUUGGUGAAGUUAGGAAUUUCACGCGUGAUGUCAGAAGGUAUGCCGACGGAUUUGAUGUUCAAAUGUUACUAAAUGAAAUGCAGAAAAAGAAAGAUAAUUGUGAGGGAUUUACGUUUGAAUACGAAAAAGAUUCUGGAGAAAGACUCACGCGACUAUUUUGGUGUGAUGCUUAUUCGAAGAUGAGUUAUCACAUGUUUGGUGAUAUCGUCGCUUUUGAUACAACAUAUUCGACUAACAGGUAUCGCAUGAUUUUUGCACCGUUCACAGGCAAGGAUAACCAUGGCAAGCCUAUCACAUUUGCAGCUGCUUUGUUAGCAAAUGAAGGUACUGAAUCGUUCUCUUGGGUGUUCGAGCAAUUUGUUAAAUGUAUGGGUUCAGCUCCUAAGCUCAUCAUAACCGAUCAAGAUCCAGCCAUGAGAGGUGCUAUUGAGCAGGUAAUGUCAAAUACUAGACACAGGUGGUGUAUGUGGCACAUUAUGGUUAAGCUUGCUGAUAAAGUGGGUAAGGAUCUUAGAGCUGAUGAACGGUUUAAGAAGGAAUUAAAUUCUUGUGUUUGGUCAGAGUUGAUAGAACCUCACGAGUUUGAAGCUGCGUGGAAUGAAGUCAUGAACAAAUAUGGGUUGACGGGUGUAGGUUGGUUUAGAAAAAUGUUUGCAACAAGAAAAAUGUGGGUCCCUGCUUACUUUAGGGACUUCCCAAUGAGUUCAUUGAUAAAAACAACUUCCGUUUCAGAAUCACAGAAUAUGUUUUUCACAAGAUACGGCAAUUCUACAGCGAAUCUUGUUCAGUUCAUCAUGAAUUUCAAUCAUGCAUUGGAUGCCCAAAGAAACAAUAGUGCGAAGCAUGAUUACUUGGACUCGACAACCAUCCCCAUUUUGAAGACGAAGUUGUUAUUUGAGAAACAUGCUUCGACCAUCUUCACUGAGAAUGCUUUCAAAUCAAUUCAAGAGGAGAUGGCUGACGCAUCCUCUAACUGUGGUAUGAAAGGGAUGUCCACGGAGGACGAUAUUCAGUACUACGAGGUUGAUGAUCUAUAUGAGAAGACAUGGACUGUCACAUUCUGUGCAGAUGACGAUUCAUACCAAUGCAGCUGUAAAUUGUUUGAGAGGAUUGGAAAGAUAUGUAGUCACAUAUUUUUCAUACUUAAAAACAACCACGUGAAGCUGAUCCCUGACACCUUAUUUGGAGGUCGAUGGUUGAAGACACCACUAAUGAAGGCUACACAUGGUGUUUUAUCUAAGGAGGACAUGACAUACGCAUUUGCAGAUGAGAAGAAAAUGGCGAUAAAGAAGUUGUAUUCUUCCUUUUUUGAGUUGGUGCAAGCCGUGGAAAGCGACAUUGAAAAAAUUCAUGCUGCCACUGCCCUCAUUGAUGAUGCCAAAAAAGGUUUGUUCAGUGGAGAUGUCGUAAUGUCGGCCUUUGACAAGAAGAAGAUGAUUGAGAGCUUUUAUGGCUGUGAGAAGCCGGAAGAAGUCGACGUUCAUCCUCCUGAAUAUGUGAAUACAAAAGGUUGCGGCAGUACUGCUGCAGCUAGGUUGAUUUCAAAGAAGGAGAAAGCCAUUCAGCUGUCAAAAAAACCUCAACGUCGUUGCGCAAAGUGCAAAGAGAUGGGGCACCAUGACUCGCGGAACUGCACCAGAGUCAAAGAAAAAGAAAAGGAGCUGCGCCAGAGUCAAAGAAAAGAAAAACGUCGUAGAAAGUCUCAAAGUUAA